GGGGACAUCAGUUGCUCUGCCACCUCCACUUUUGUGUAACGACCGCGCGACCACUGGAAGCCAUAACCAUGGCACAAAUCGUCCCAGACGAUCUCGAACAGCAGCGCAGUGUCCUUUUCUCUCAAUUUUUGAUUGAGACUAGGCAUGCGACUUUCAACUAUGACAACGCCAUUCAGAAGAUGCUGGCCAUCGAUCGAACGCGGUUGAUAGUCAAUCUAGAUGACCUCAGAGAGCACAGUGCCACCUCGCAGCAGUUGGCAGAAGGACUAUUGAAGCGCCCGAACGAGUUCAUCCCCGCCUGUGAACUGGCUCUCAGGGAAAGCGUCCAUCUAAAGCAUGACCCCGAUAAGCACAAUAUUGAUGGAAAGGACUACAAGCUUGGGUUCAAUGGGAGUUUCGGAGAUCAUCAUCUCACUCCACGUACUCUGCGGGCAACUCAUCUGGGGAAGAUGAUUAGUGUGGAGGGCAUCGUCACUCGUUGCUCUUUGGUCCGACCCAAAAUGCUAAGAUCAGUUCAUUACUGUUCAGACACCUCCUUUUUCCAUGCAAAAGAGUAUCAUGAUGGGAUGAGUGUGUCCACUCACGCUCCAACGUCUUCCGUCAUCCCCCAUACCGAUGACGAUGGGAAUCACUUGCAGAUGGAGUUUGGGCUCAGCACCUUCAGGGAUCAUCAGAGGAUUAGCAUUCAGGAGAUGCCCGAGUGUGCCCCUGCGGGCUUGUUGCCGCGAAGUAUCGAUGUUAUCAUGGAUGAUGAUUUGGUUGAUACCUGCAAACCAGGCGAUAGAGUGCAGUUGGUGGGGGUAUAUCGAAGCAUGGGAGGUGGGGGUGGUGGUUUUAAGGCGAUAUUAGUUGCGAAUUACGCUGUCCUCCUUGCAUCCAAAUCUGGAACGUCACUGGCCCAAGCAUCUCUGUCGGACACUGAUAUCCGUUAUAUCAACAAAUUGUCCAAGCGCCCUGAUAUUUUUACUCUUCUUUCAGACUCGCUGGCCCCUUCUAUAUUUGGGCAUGAAUACAUCAAAAAGGCUGUGUUGCUUCUUCUGCUGGGCGGUACAGAGAAGAACCUGCCAAAUGGAACACAUAUUCGUGGAGACAUCAAUAUUCUCAUGAUUGGGGAUCCAUCUACGGCAAAGUCUCAAAUGCUACGAUUUGUUCUUAACACUGCCCCUCUUGCCAUUGCAACGACGGGUAGGGGCUCGAGUGGAGUGGGUCUCACCGCCGCCGUGACAUCAGAUAAGGAAACGGGAGAAAGGAGAUUAGAGGCAGGCGCAAUGGUAUUGGCAGAUAAGGGCGUAGUCUGCAUCGACGAGUUCGAUAAGAUGUCGGACAUCGAUCGUACUGCUAUGCAUGAGGUUAUGGAACAGCAAACAGUAACCAUUGCGAAAGCUGGGAUUCAUACAAGUUUGAAUGCUCGAUGCAGCGUCAUAGCGGCUGCCAAUCCCACUUAUGGCCAAUAUGACGUUCACAAGGAUCCACAUCGCAAUAUCGCACUGCCGGAUUCACUUUUGUCACGCUUCGACCUGCUAUUUGUUGUCACAGAUGAUGUAGACGAGAUACGGGACCGCAAUAUUGCCGAUCAUAUAUUGCGUAUGCAUCGCUACCUUCCCCCAGGUGCUGAAGAAGGGGCUCCCUUAUCUGACUCGCGUCUGCAGUGGCUUGCGGUGGAAGCUCCGUCGGCUGAUUUCUCAUCUCUGCCCACACAGAGUCCGUUUGAGCGGUAUAAUCCUUUGCUCCACGCGGGUAUUAUUGAGGGGUCUAGAAGGAAGUCAAGAAGGAAAAGUAACAAAGAGAUUCUGACAAUCACUUUCGUCAAGAAAUACCUCCAGUAUGCGAAAGCACGACCUCCGCCCCAGUUGACUCGGGGAGCUGCGGAUUGGAUAGCAGAAGUAUAUACGAACUUUAGGAACGAUGAUAUUGACAAGAACACCAAACGUACAUCCCCUCUGACCGCGAGGACCCUCGAAACUCUCAUACGUCUCGCUACGGCUCAUGCCAAGUCGAGGUUAUCUUCGACAAUAGAUGAGAUAGAUGCUGGCGUGGCAGAGUCCAUCUUAAAAUACGCUCUCUUUAAAGAAGUGUUGAAGCCAGUCAAGCGCAAACGCCGGAAACUCAACCGUGGAACAGCAGUGGAAGAUGGAGAUAUCGAAAGCGAAACAGACAGCGGCUCAGAACUGGAAACCGAGCGGAUGAAGGGAGAUCCUGACGAAAAUCCCAGCAAGACAAUCACUACUGGGUCAUCUAUCCCGGGGACUGAGAUGGAAAUUGAAACUCGGAGAGAGGGGAGUCAGCUGGCACCUGAAAGGCUCCAACUCUUCCGGCAGAAGCUGGCUGAUGUGUUUUCCACAACGUUUUCGCAAGAUGACGCAGUCCCAAUGGGUCAAUUGCUUCAAGUGAUCAAUGAGAGCUUGCAUUCUUCGAUGAUGUUUGGUGCAGCAGAAGCAAAACUUUGCGCGUUAACGAUGACUGAAGGAAACGAUAUUUUAUUGAGUGAAGAUGUAGUAUACAGGCUCUGACUUUGGUUCGUAUUUGUGACACUUUUGGUAACCAACUAUAUACAAUUUGAACAUAAUAUAUAAUGAUACCUCAACGGAUCC